AUGAGUAAAUAAGAAGAGGACUCAAAAUUACAAUUAAUAGAAUCAGCAUUUGAAUGCAAUAUAUGUUUAGAAAUAGCAACAGAACCAAUUCUAACAAACUGUGGACAUCUAUUUUGUUGGCCUUGUAUAUAUAGUGUAUUUAUAAUAUUAAUAAUGUAAUUAGUGGCUUAAUUCAAAUCAAGAGUUUCUAACUUGUCCUGUUUGCAAGAAUGGUUGUUCUAAGAAUUCUUUAAUUCCUUUAUAUUCUAAGGAUGAAACUAAAACUAAGUAUUUUCUAUUAAUUAAACUAGCAAACCACGUGAUCCUAACAUUCCUCCAAGACCUAAACCAGGUAGAAAUGAUCCUGUUAGAAAUACUAAUCAGGUAGGCUAAAAUAACUUAGCUAAUGGUGCCAUGAUUGCGGGUUAUGGAUUAUUUCCAUCUCUUUUUAAUCUAAUUUGUAUUAAAGAUGGUGAUAUAGAAAAAGAUGAAAGACAUGAGAGUAACUAAUACUUAUGAUCUAUUUUAGAUGAAGCAACUGUUGAAAUAGAAAAUGUAAGAAAACUUAAGGCUAUACUAUUUUUGUUAAUAUUAUGCUUAAUAUUGAUGAUUGUGUUCUACUUUUGA